CUGUAUGCCCGGACAUGUAGAUCUCACAGCGGCUUGGCCUUUUGUUAGCGAGUCGGUGAGAGGAGCCAAGAAAGCCGUAGGAGCCGCAUUCAUGCACUUAACGUUACAGCGAGGAAAAUGAUCAUCUGCACGAAAAACAUGGAUUAUCGCCUUGGAACCCAGUGUCAGUUUGUUCAGAAUCAGGUGAUGGUCAACUCUGAGAAAGAGCGUGCCUCUCUCUUGUGUAUGAAGGCUCUGGCCAACAGGGGGCGUCUGGACAAGGUGUCCCAGCAGAUGGCCUCUCACCCGCAGUACCUGGAGAGUUUCCUGCGCACACAGCACUACAUCCUCUAUAUGGAUGGCCCAUUGCCCCUGCCCUACCGCCACUACAUUGCCAUCAUGGCUGCAGCUCGGCAUCACUGUAGGUACCUGGUGUCUCUCCAUUCAGCUCAGUUUCUGCGUGUUGGCGGAGACCCGCUGUGGCUUCAGGGCCUGGAGGCGGCACCAGCUCGACUACAGCACCUCGAUCAUAUCAAUAAGGUCCUGGCCCAUCAGCCCUGGCUCACCGCUCGCUCGCACAUACAGGCUUUACUGAAGACAGGAGAGCAGUGCUGGUCUCUGGCUGAGCUGGUGCAGGCUGUGGUUCUGCUGGCCCACUGUCACUCCCUUUGCAGUUUCGUUUUUGGUUCCGGUUCUGAGUCAGACACCACUACCACUCCCAGAGUGCAUCACGGCACACCCCCUGGAUACUGCCUCUGUGAUGCUGCCAAUGGCAACACAGCUCUAUCACCACCUACUUCUGGACCCAUGGAGAAGAUGCUACGGAGAAGGUCCCUAGACUCCAGUUGCGACGUUGGUUGCCUUCGAGAACAAAUUCAUAAAUCACAGGAUGAGAUCAAGGAAAGAAAGGGAGACCGACUCCAUUCACAGACGCUUCUACAUUCAGAUGUGGAGGAGGAGGAGGAGGCCAUGUUUUCCACCGACCCCUCCCGCUUCGUCACAGAUCCAGAAUUCAGCUACCAGGAAUUUGCCAGACGAGAGGAGGACCAUUUCCAAGUAUUCCGGGUGCAGGACUACUCAUGGGAGGAUCAUGGCUUCUCGCUUGUAAACCGGCUCUAUUCUGAUAUCGGGCACUUGUUAGACGAGCGAUUCCGCAAUGUGGCGUCGCUUCCUUUCCCGCACAGUCCUGAUCUCAAGCGAGCCAUCUGGAACUACGUUCAUAGCAUCUAUGGCAUCAGAUAUGAUGAUUAUGAUUAUGGGGAAGUUAACCGGUUGCUGGAGCGUGGACUGAAACUUUACAUUAAAGCUGUGGCCUGCUAUCCUGACUCCGGCAAGACCCCGCUAUGCCCUCUGUCCUGGACUCCCAUCAAAGCUUCAGAGAAGGUUCAUGUGAAUUUGUUAGUGAUGGAGGCACGUCUGCAGGCCGAACUGCUGUAUGCGCUCAGAGCCAUCACUCAAUAUAUGAUCGCAUAGGACUCGAGCAUUCGGAGCACCAGAUGGACAUGGUACAAGGCAAAGAAAUACAAGCAGAGAUCUGUCUCUGUAUCUGUUGUCGCUGAGUUUACCAGUGUGAUGUAAGGUACUGCUGUGAACCGUUUCUUUGCCAAAGGUGAAACUUUAGAAGAAAAAAAAGUGCAAAGCAAUCGCUCUCACUCCUACUGUCGUUUUGCAUGUUCUCUUACUUCAUUUUGUUUCUGUAGUCGUCCUUUUGCGUGUAUACUUUCUAAUUUUCUACCUUUUUUUUAGUUUCCCAGAUGGUUAAUGUGCAAUUAUUUUUAUUCAGUUGUUAUUAAUACUUUUGUUUAAUUUCCUGUUGCUGUUUAAUUGAGUGAGAGACGUGUCCAACUGUCCAUUUCCAAGGUGAUCACAUUCUGGAAAGGUCAAAGCCAAUUGAAGUCAUUGUUUACAGAAAUGAGUGAUUGGACAAAGGCGCUCGCUUAAUGUGGCUUCCAGCUACUUCAUUUGAAUGUGGAAUAGUGAGACCAGAGCAAAAGUUUGGAGAAGGUUUAACAGAUGUAACUUUCUUUUUAAAUUGAGCACUUUUUAAGACAGAAUCUUUCUUUAGAAUAUAUCAAUAAGCUUUCGGCUGUGGUUUCGUUCAGCACACAGCAAGCAGUUUUCGAUUAGCGUUGAUGUUGUUCAUCAAAAUCUUUUCUUUUGGGUGCUAUGGAGAUUGAUUAUGGGUGCAUUUGUAGGAUCCAUAGUAAUUCAUCUCAGCAAGCAUCUUCCAAUGUGAAGAUCUAAAUUCAACCGGUUCAAACCAGUGAAGUGAAACCUCCUUCAAGUCUGUUUCAUGGUAGUGUCUUCAGUGUUCUUUAUACGGAUUAGCCAAAUGAACACAGUAUGUAUUCAAACUCCAUUGCAUCAUCUGCUAAUUUGGAAAACAGUUCAAGCAGGUCUUUAAUUUUGAGAGGUCGUCCACUUAAUUGGAUUUUGAAAGGGUCAGUGAAAUGUUCACUGGUCAUUGUUAAUUUACUAAAAGAAUGGAUCUUCAACAGUUAGAACUUCUUUUAAAAGAUUUUACAGUUUAAAAAUUAGGUCACGUUGUGAGGUUGAGGAGUUGUUAUUAUUAUUAUUAUUAAUAUUAUUGUCAGAAUAAGCUUAUAAAAUGGGAUUUUAUAGUCAGCACGCUGGUAUAGGUCAAAUGAAGGACUUCUGAUGAAACUAUUAAGAUGCGUAAAGGUUUGCGGUCAGCCUGUCGUCAUCUUUCCCAUAACUGACCUGCAUAAACUAUUAUUAUUAUUUUGCACUGAACCUUUUGCACAAAGUGUGGUUACAUCUGGCAGCUGUCAUUGUUACAAACCGUUUGGAGAGGUGCUCACUCCUCUAAUGCCAUAAAUAUAUACAGAUAUAUUCAAUGUCCAGUUUUGUUGACAAGGCCAAAUACCUGUACUGUGUUAAACUCUCAUCGGUCUGGUUACCAAAUUACAGUUAUCAGAAAGAAUCAGGCAACCCCUAUGGUUGGUUUUGUGUGUUUAUUUUAAAACAUUGCAUUACUUUUGUUCCUGUUGCAGUUAUAUACUCUUUCUUUUUUUUUUUUUUUUUUUUUUUGAGGAAGGUUGAUGUCAGUUUGCUCUUGUCUGGAUUGUUUGGAUUAAGAUACCACGGUAUGUUAAUAAGCAAAAAACGUGUACAGGAACCGCAGUCUGUGCUGGGAGCACGGUGCCUUUUGACUACUGAUGAGUCCAUGGCUCAUCAGUAUGGCGAAACUGGAAUGAAGUCUUAGCGAAGCCUCACGCUACUGCAUUCAUUCAAGCUGAGAACGGAUGAGGAGCCGAGGAACAUUCAUCAUCCUGUAGUAAACAUCUAGAGACAUUUGUCAGGACUGCAGCGUGCCCAUUCUACCUUAAGCAGGACUGUCUUAAAUGCUUGUUUGUGGAUGGUUGUCCCUGAAGCGUGGACAUUUCAGGAUGGUGCCUCAGCGGUUGAGACUGAAUGAGCAUGGCUUAUUGCCAAAAUGUUUAUUUACCACGUAAAUGUAGGAACUUUAAAAUUUAAACUGACCAAAAAGAAAAAAAAAACAAACAAACCUUGAAAAACCAAGCAAAAAAAGAGAAAGGUUUUGAAAUGUGAAAGCUUAUUUUUUCUAUAAAGAUAUGCAAUAUCA